UCUUCAAAUGCAUGUGUCCUCCCGGUGUCACUGGUGAUCGCUGUCAAGUCCGUAAGUAUUCCACCUGUUUAAUUUUUUUGUUUUGUUUUUUUUUAGUUUUUCUUGAAAGAAUAAUGUUUAGAUAGCUGGUGAUGUAUGAUUAUGAUUUGGACGCAGAUGAAAUAUUUCGUCGCGCAUUAGAAGUUUAAUUUGCAGUCUUCUCCAGGAUGUUUAAAUUUCGAAGAUAUCUUGUUGACUUUUAUCAUACGUUUUCAAGGUUGGGACCCCUGUUUAGACUAUCCCUGUGCCAACAAUGGCACAUGCGUGAAUAACAGAGACAAUACCUUCAAAUGCAUAUGUCCUUCCGGUGUCCCUGGUGAUCGCUGUCAAGACCGUGAGUAUUUUCCUUAUUAUAAAUUCCACGCAGAAAUAGUAUUUGUAGCGUGACUGCGUUAUCGUUUAUCUGUUUUUCAAGAAAACACCUCUGGAAAGUUCUUAAACCUUCUGUUAUUUUAUUUGCCUGUUUUUUGACUGCAAUUAUCGUCUGCCUUUGCCACUGUUUUCGCUGAAUGUCAUGGCCUUUCCGUGCACGUGCAAGCCAGUUGGUACACAGCACUCUUUCGAGUUUCUUUACUUGGUGUCGGGCUCAAGUGUGUAGGUCUGGCUGAAAAGAUAUUUGCACGCGGCAAGUUGUCCAAUACACCCAAACCGAUACGAUUCGUGAAAAGCAGUUUGCGAAUCGUUCUACCGGAAGUCGAUUCGCGGUUAAUCGAAAAUCUGAUAAACCAUCCCUCAUUAGAUGGAAACGCAUACCGGAAGUCAAUUUGCAAGACACUUGGAAAAUAUUUCGCAAGUAACUGUCAAGGGUUGUUGAAAAUGUUGUCGAAUCGACUCCAUUCGACUUGUCUUAGUUUAAGUCGACUCGUCAUACCACAAGUCGAUUUGCAAGACACUUAGAAAAUAUUCCGCAAGUAACUACCAAGGGUCGUUGAAAAUGUUGUCGAAUCGACUCGAGUCAAACGACUCGUCUCAGUUACUUGUAACCAUAUUUUCAUGCAUUAAUUUCUACUCGCAUCGACAAACAAUAAAUUAAUUGCAAUUUUAUUUCAUGGUAACAGCACAGUUCUUAAUGAAACGAUGCUUCACCCCAGCAUCUCAUUUGUCACAGUUUUCUUGCAACUUUCAUGAACGUUUCGAUUGUGUGGGACACGGACAAGGUAAUGCGUUAAUCGAUUCAUAGCGUCAUUUGUCAAGUGAAGUGUGUCAGAGGAGCCAAAUCACUUGCAUUGGGCUUUAAGUCCCCAAAGCGCAAAAUUAUUGUAACUGUCAGAAUCGGCAAUAAAAGCCCUUUUGGAAUGUCGUCAGUUAAGAUGAUAAUAAGGUUAUGAUAGGUUUUAUUUAUUUAUUUAAUUUUCAAGUAGUUAUUUUUGUGAGAAAGAUCGAUAAACUUAGCUCGCCGUUAGGCGUAAGCAGCCGUAGAAUAUUUUGGUUACUGGAGGGUUUUCUGUGAGAAUUUCGAGCUGGGCUAUGGCCAGGGUGACCAUCUAUUGCUUUCAAAGUUAAGAUCGACUGAGAGGCCAUGCGAGUUCUUCAUGUAAAUUAUGAAGUUUUACUUCAUUCGCUGUCGUUGUUUGGGCAAUAUGAUGACAUCUUAGGCAAAAUGAAGCUUCACCCUUUGUGCCGUGACAUCAGCAUACACAAUCACCACACUUUUAUCUGUAAAAUUCUCCAAGUACUCAUAUGGUGUACUGAAUUUUUUUAGGCCUUAUUUUCACUACUGCUUAAGUAGUGUUCAUUACUACGAAGAUCGCUUUCCCUUUCAUUUAUGAGGAGGCUUUGUUUAACAAUUAAGAUAUUCGUAAGUCUGCGACUUUUCCUCACUUUGGUUGACUGAUUCUUGUGAUAUUUGAUUCAGCUGUGAGAGUAUAAGGAGAAAUUAGAUUGUAGUCGCUCUGGGUAAAUGGCUUCAUCUCUGUGGUAAAUUAAAGAGAACAACAAAACUGCUCGUUAUUCCUGGGAUCGUUUGCGACGCCGUCAAUUUUCGCUUCACAAGCGAAGUCAGAUCGCUUAAAAGCCAAUUUGGUGCACUCCAGUAAUAAAUAUAUAAUAACAAAAUCUUAGGCGAAAUCGAAAUAAAAACCCUUCUGAGUUAAAACCUUUCGAUUGAACUCUAAAUCGGCGUUAAUUUUGAGCUCCUUGAGCUUUUAAAAAAGAAGCACCUCAUUUACAUCUAAUUUGCAAUUGCAAUCUUUCUAUGUUGCUUAGCGCCGGGUUGAAGUAUUAUCAACAGGAGUAUGUUGAUCGAAUCAAAGAGCACGUACAUCGCGAAGAAAUUUAGCUUGUGAGCCUAACUUUCUAGUUUCACACUUAUUCUUGAAGAUGUGUAUUUUUUUUUGCCAUUGAACGAAAAAGACUAGCUCAAAAUGAAAACUUUCCAAGGAUAUUUCGUAAAACUUCAACCACUAACUAUUUACAUCUGUAGUUAACUGCUUAAGUGGCUUUCUCUACGAUGUGCACUACAUAAUUGCCGUAAUCAGCCGAUGAAAUAACGAUGAAACUGAACUAGUUCUAAACACGUUAGGUUUGCUCACAGAGGAACAAAAUAAAGGAAUCGUACGUGUUAAUCCUUCAUUUUAACACACUCUCAUUAAAACGCUCGACUAACUUUUCCUCUCUAUUAUUCCAGUUUCUAAUCACACAUUUGAUCAGGGAGACUAUUAUGUUGUAUUUAAAACAAAACAAGUUUAAAUCCAAUGUUUAUCGGGACAUGAACCGUGUAAAACUCUACAUUGAGGCGAACAAUGCGGAAAAAGUCUAUUCAGAAUAUUAACGACGAGUGUAAACAAUAACAAGUUUGUCUGGUAUUGCUGUUUAGUUUACCUUUUGGCUUCAAGAUGAACUUGAAACUAGGAAUACUACUCUCUGUAAUCUUCCCACUUUUGGCAUUCUCAGCAAAUGGAAUUGAAUUCGAAGGUAAUAUAAAAUGAAAGUAUUGCUGAUUAUCAGGGCUGUGGCUAGCAUGAGGCAAGACGAGGCAAUUGCCUCGUCUUGAUUUUGGCCCAAGAUUGACUCCGUUUGUGAAGAAAAAUUCCACGCAAUUCGUGCCUUCGACCUUCGGCGCUCGAAACUUGCCUCGUCUUGUUCUGAAGUCUGGCUACGGCCCUGAUAAUUUGUCUCCUCCUUGACAUCUCUCAGCAAUGGACUCAUUGCGCCGUAGACGAAGUCUACAAAAUUACCUUCACAUUUACGAAAAAUGUGCUAAUAUGCGAGAAAUCUCUUAAAACUUCACAAGAAUACUGGUCUUCGAAAACGCUUAAUUCUCGACUGGAAUCCUAGUCGCGAUCAAUGAUAGGCUGAUAGCUCUUCUUUUUCAUUUCCUUCGUGGCCGAAAUCAGCUGUAAUCUACCGCUCAUUCAUCAAGUUGCGCUACUUGAAUGCCAAGGAAGACAAUACAUUUCUGAUUCAUAGAGAGCACUCCUUAGUUCUCAAUAUUAUCAGCGGAGGGCAUGGUAAAAAAUAUCGAAGAAUGUGCACUCCAAUUUUGAAACAAUACAGUAACUUGUCAUCUUUUUUUACUUGAAAUGUUGAAUUUAUUAGGGUUCGCUUUGAGGUUCCUCCUUCUUUAACUUCCCUUCACCUACACGUCCUCCAUAACCUUAAGAAAUGUUAAUUUUGAAUGACUUAUUAGUCAAAUAUUUUUAUUUACUGUGAGGAACAAAAGACACGGCUUUUCAAUUGGCAGCUAUGGCUUAAGUCUCAAGCAAUAGAAUGUUCUACUUGACACGGAAAAUUCGUUUCAGUGACGUUUUGUUCCGCUUUUAAUUAACAUGUUUUUAUAUAUAUGCUUAAUAAGAGAGCUUCGUUUCGUUCCGCAAACUUGGCCCUCAAAAUAUUUGUCAGCCAAUAAACACUGAAGUUUUCCAAAUGGCUUCGGGGAUAGUAAGGUUAUAAAAUGGCCCUUGCAGAAGCGUUCUUGGACUGAUGGCUAAUUAACAUAGCAAAAAGGUAAUAAAGUGCGCAAGCCGUUAACUGUAAUUAUAACUAAGGGUUCUCUGACGCGACUUAUCUUGAUUCUAUAGCACUUUAUGCUUUUUCCCCCUAUCCAGCUUGCUAAGUAACUAAAAUACUGGGCUGCAUCUCCCGGGCUCGUUUACUGGGCACAUAAAAAUCAAACAAACACAUUGAUCUGGAGUAAAAAUGGCUGAGGGCAAAGGCCCAAAGCCGGUUUAAUCAUUAAUCAAAACUGAAUCAAUUAUUACCCAAAAUAUUUGAAUCUGGAAAAAAUAGCUUGCCCAGUAAAGGUGAGGGCUGAAAAAAAAACGCUAACAAAAUCAACUAUUAACUUGAGCUAAAACAAAGACAUGUGGCUGGAAUAAGGGGAGGAGGUGGGGUACAAACAAACGUGUCACUUGUGAAGAAAUCUGAAGUGAAUGACUCUGUGAAUUCUGUCACGAGUAUUAGACUCCACAAAAGGUGGGGGGUCAAUACAUUGCAAUACUCGCACCCCUUAACCAGGCCUGUCACGCAUCUUGCAUUGUCAUGCAACGCUCUCUACACGUGACUAACAUAUAUCAGCAAAUUAUCACAAUAAUAGAACAUUAAUAAUCGGGGAAAACAAGCAUAAAAAUCCUAUUCGCGAGCAAAUAUUUUCUUUGUGUUUCAGUAAAUACAAAAGAUUAACGAUUGGCUAAGUUAUUUGAACGUAAGUGCUAGAAUGAGAAUUUGUUCCUGUUCUAAACAAAAGAAGGUCACUGCAAUUUUCAAGGUCAUUAAACGCAAAACGGCGGCAUAGAGUAUUUAGCACCUGAGCCUUGGAGGCAAGUCUUUUCUUCUGUCGUUUAUUACUUUGUAGAUUUGCUAAAAACAGGAAAUAGGGCUUUAGUGCGGAACAAAACAUUCAUUAGUCUAUAAUUUGACCGUUUAUUAACAUUAUCGCACAGUUCACAAUGAUGAAACUGUAACAGGCGGGGAGAUUUUAAAGUCACAUGUCGCGUGCUUGUUGACGUACAAGUUCUCAGGUUAAUUAAGGCCUGGGUCACCUUGCCUUUAAACCAUAUUUUUCACAAAAUUGAGAAUAACUUAGCUAUUUUGCGAGGGAUUUUUCUCAUACUUGGCAGAAAUGUGUAUCACUAUCAUCUCUCUCGGACUGAAUUGUGGUAGCGUAAUAUGAUACUCUCAACAGCCAAAAACAGUUAAUUUAGGCGCCAAAUUCGUCGGUUGCUUUCUUGAGCAAAUUCCCACCACUAAACAUAAGGCAAAUGAAAAUGCAGUUAUCGCUAUGAAUAUUUGAGACGUUUUUCAUUGUUUUCCCACUUGGAAUGGCUGCCAAAAAAAAGAGAGAUGUGCUAGGCAGAUUAAAUCAAGUUUUGUCUCUGCGAAGCUGCUUCCUCUAUCAUGGUUUUCGCCCGAAAACAUCUUAGCCUUUACCUGGUUCCAACCGCUGUCAAUGAAAGUAAUCCUACAGGUUCCUAUUUAUUUGGAAAAAAGACAAAUUAAAACUGUUUAAGAGGUGGGAAUUUUGAAAACUCGCAGUCACGUAUUCAACUUAGUGUCCGCCAUUUUGACGCGCGAGUGUUCAGAAGCAAUUAAACUUACCUAACAACUGCUUUGGGGGAUUACUUUUGUAAAUAAAUUCAUCUGCUUCCAAAGCAUAUUCAAAAGCCUAAAUUUUGAUAGACACCAUAAGUAUACACAUCAUGAUAUGAUAGAGGAUUUAUCAAGCUAAAUUUAAUUUCAAAAUUGAAUGGUAUAUCCACAAUGAAACUUUUUUCUAUGCAUUUGUUACAAAACAUAGUACUUUUUUCUAUGCAUAAGUUACAAACAUUGUAAAACGCUAUUGAGCUCUAGAAAUGAGCGCUAUAUUAUAAAUUCAUGUUGCAUUGUAUUUGCAGCGAAGUCAAUGAGCAUGUUGAGAGCGGUGUUUAGAGGUCUUCGUAGGUUCAAAAGGGUUCUCUUUGGCUUUAAGAUAGCGAUAUCAUGCCAUUUUUUGAGGAAAUGAAGAUAGCAAAGAAAAUGUUAUUACCUUCUUCUGAUGUCUUCCUCUAAAUUGUCGGAUUCACCAGCGAAGAUGGGAAAAACCAAUGCAAAGCCGACACUUCAAAAUGGCGGAUGCCGUUCACGAACUACGCGAUCUUGAUUCCAAGUAACUAUAGUUACUCGCGCAGUCCACGCGAAUUCCGCGAACCUUAGUGGGGGGGCACUGGAGGCGAAAAUCAUUUUUGACCCAGGCCUUAAUUAACCUGAGUUGCCGUGUGUAACAACUUUUGCAGACCGUGGAUGACGGGAAACCCUGGCUCUCUCAUUUGAAAAGAAAUAUCAAAAGCCCCAUAAAAUUCAUUAACUGCGCCAUAUUUCCAGAAAAGAAGACUGGAAAAUGUUUUUUCCACUUUCCACCAUCAAGAAAUUCCACGAAGAAGUACUAUUUGUAGCGUGACUGCGUGAUUGUUUAUCUGUUUUUUCAAGGAAACACUUCAAGAAAGUUCUUAAACCUUCUGUUAUUUUAUUUGCCUAUUUUUUGACUGCAAUUAUCGUCUGCAUUUGCCAUUGUUUUCGCUGAAUGUAAUGACCUUUGCGUGCACGUGCAAGCCACUUGGUACACAGCUCUCUUUCGAGUUUCUUUGCUUGAUGUCGAACCCAGGUGUGUAGGUCUCGCUGAAAAGAUAUCUGCACGCUGCAUGUUGUCCAAUACACCCAAACCGCUACGAUUCGUCAAAGGCAGUUUGCGAAUCGUUCUGCCGGAAGUCGAUUCGUGGUUAAUCGAAAAUCUGAUAAACUAUCCCUCAUUAGAUGGAAACGCAUACCGGAAGUCAAUUUGCAAGACACUUCGAAAAUAUUCCGCAAGUAACUACCAAGGGUCGUUGAAAAUGUUGUCGAAUCGACUCGAUUCGACUCGAGUCGAACUACUCGUCUCAGUUGAUGUCGACCCGUCAUGCCGGAAGUUGAUUUGCAAGACACUUAGAAAAUAUUCCGCGAGACGAACCUCAACAUCGCCAAGCUCGGGAAAUAAAUAUAACAAACUCUCUGUUUCACAGACAAAAGCGUCGUCGCCAUCCAGCCUAUUCCGCUUCCCACCGACAAAUUCUUCUUUAUCUCCGCAGGCAUACUUCUUAACAACCGAUGUGAGACCAAAUAAGUUUAAAAAGCUCUUUCCUACAAAAUGAAGGACUGUGAAAAUACGAAAAAACCAACACGAUCUUCGUAAAAGCCAGCCAUAUUGCUGUCAGGUCGCACGUCUCCAAAGUUGUCGUUUUCAAAAAAAAAAACCACUUAGAAACGAGGUAAUCACAUGCCGAAUCCGUGCGAAUCGUGUCGAUUCGUCAACAUUGAAUACUCUAAUUUAACGCUUAAGUAUGUAUUGUCUUCUUUUGCGAAUCGACCUCCGGAGAGACGAUCGACUUUACAAAUGACGAGUCGUGUCGACCCGUACGAAUCGUGUCGAUUCGUCAACAGUUAAUGCCCUUGUUUAACGCUUUAGGAAGGAAGAAGGUUAAAUUUAAUAUUUAUAAUAUUCUGACAAUGGACUUCCGGCCGUUUCACGAUUUAAGAACGUGGAAGGUUAUGUUGUCAUUUUCUCUUUUCAUGCUACUUAUUUUCACUCAUUGCUCACGCCCCUUGACUUCCGGUACGUUAACACACGAUUCGACCUCCGCUGUGUGGAUUUGUCAACGACCGUAGACGAAUCGUAGCGGUUUGGGUGUAUUGAACAUGUAUGAUUUUGCUGGAAUUCUUUUGUCUGGAGAAAGAAACCAAAAGAGUAACUAAAAGAUACCUUUUUUUCAGCCUGCAGCCCUCCUGGAGAGUCCAUUAAUGCUGCUAGUGGUCACAUUUCCAGCCUCAAUUUUCCCAACAACUAUGACGCAAACAGGAUUUGUACCUGGAAUAUCACGGUACCCGGUGGGAAAAUCAUCAAACUGACCUUCUUGAAUUUUACCCUGGUAGCAGGUGAAAACGAUGACUGUGCUGGAGCGGCAGCAAAUAGUGCCCGAGUCUUCAUUACAAACGUUGCCUCUCAUGGAGGAAAUCCUAAUGAUUUGAAGAUCUGUGGUCAAAAGCUUCCCCCUCCUGUGUACUCUGAGGGAAAUUUCAUUCAAGUGAGAUUUGAAUCUCGCACCGGCCCUGUAAACAAAGGGUUCAAUGCAACCUUUGAGGCGAUAGAUGGAGAUUCACGUAAGAGCUUUAAUUUUCUUCUAUGGUAGUUUAUUAACCGGAAGUAUAGAAGUAUAUUGAGCAUGUACCCCUAUUAAACUGAGCGGGAAUUUUUUCGAGUGAUCAUGCAAAUAAUAAAGUAAGUAAUCUUUGAACAGCUAUAGGCUGUAGAAAAAAAAAAUGCAUAUAGUCAAGCCUUUUACUCCAACGCAAGCUGCUAUAUUUCACAAUCGUUAUAUUGAUUAAAGUAGGAAACCGCCAACAUACGGAAAAGGAGUUGUAGGCGGUAUUUGAAAUCAUUCAGUUGACCACAGUGGAUUGUAAACCUCGUCAAAAUUAGAACAGUUUCGGAGAAAAUGAAGCUUCGUUAAGAUUUUUCAUUUAGUAAAUUAAGUUUUUACAGUAAAUAAGAUGCAUUUUACUAAAGCUGGCAGUCUUUUUUCAGUGUGCCCAACAGAUGUGAUCCUCGAUGAAACAUCAGGUUCUUUCUCCUCUCCCUUUCAUCCAAGAAACUAUCCAUUCAACCAGACAUGUAGCUGGAAGAUUAAAGGGAAGCAAGGAUACCAUGUUGAGCUCUCAUUACCAGACUAUAAUAUUCAACGUUGUGGUGGCAUUGCUUGCUCGUGUGAUUAUAUGGAAGUCCAGAAUAGCUUCAGUGAUCAAGUGCCGCCUGGAAAACUAUGUGGUACACCAAGGUUUAUUCCUGUCAUAUUUUAUUCACUGCACGAAAGCCUGAGGGUGGUGUUUGUGUCCGAUGAUACAAGCAUGGAUUUCGACGGAUUUGAGGCAACUUACAGACUGUUGAACCACAGUCCUCCAAGUAAGUAGAGAGAACAACUUCGUGGGAUCUAAGGGUUCGCUGAGAGAAGAUGUUACAUGCAAUAAAUUCACCCAUACAAGAAAUGAUAAGGAGCUUAGUUAAUAAGAGUGGGGGCUCUCUCUGUUAUCAACUCAGGGUGAAUGCGAACAUCUGUGAUGUAUAGUGUAAGCGGUAACGUACUGGGAAGCCAUGUUAACCUAAAAAAUAAAGGUGGUAAGUUUCCAAAAAAAACUGUGGUGCUGCGUCGGUCGGAGAGUAUAACAAGAUAAUUUGGUGAGUUGAUAAUGUGAUGAGUUUCAAAUAUUCAUAUUCUUGCCUUGGGGCUACGUCCUUAUAAAUACCAUAUUGGAAUGUAUCAGCCUAAGGAGUAUAGUUUUGAGCCGUUUUGGUCUGUAUAGAUUUUGACCAUUGGUCGAAUCAACAGUUAUGUGAUAAGCAUUUUGACUAGAUGUUAUUUAUCACCUAUUGGAGAACAGAGGCAUAAAUGACUUCACCAUUUACAACAAUUUGCUUCGUCAUGGUAUCUGAAACAAUUAGAUUCCACGUUGCUGUCCGUCUGUUCAGGAAGAGAUACCCGAUGAUGUCACACUGAGUUCAUCAGUGACACUUGGCAGCGCCUCGCGUACCACUUUUUUGUUCUUACCACAUUUUGACGGCAUCUGUUAAAGAAACCAUAUAUCUAUCACCAAUCCAUGUUUAUUCUGGCCUGUUCCAAUCGUUCUAGUUAGUAAAACAGAGCGAAAUAGCCAAGGGCACGAUAGUAGCGGCGUAAUGAAAAAGAGAAUGGGGUUUGGGUCUGGUCGGGAAAUGAAGAAGUUGAUUUUACAACAUGACCCACCCCUCCCUCGUUUUUUCAGUCCUCUGCUACUCUCGCGCUGUUCAAUAUGGCACUGCGUUUUAUCAACUGAACGCUCGGAACAGCCUAUGCUUAUUCUCUCACACUCACAUGCUCCUUUUUCAUUGUUUACAGUUUGUCCCAGGGAAGCAAUUCCUCUCUCAGGCAGCGGGAAAAUAAGCAGCACAAACUACCCAAAGAGUAGCUACACUGCAUCCAGAGAUUGUACCUGGAACAUUACCGCGCCAGCUGAAAAAAUUGUAAAGUUUACGUUUACUGAUUUUGUCUUAAGUGAGUGUUCAGACAGUCAUUGUUCGGAUUCUUGUUCUUAUGUGGAGCUUUAUGAUGGUGGGUCAACAAGUUCGCCUUUGCUGGGGCGAUUUUGCCAGGGGUCGUCUUGGAAUGAGACUCAGUUGUCGAGUGGAAACCAAAUGUUUGUGAUGUUCCAUUCUGGACAAACAGUUGAUCGUGGAUUUGAAGCGAAAUAUGAAUCCACAACGACCGGUGGUGAGUACCCUGUGAAGUUUAUUCUGAAUAUCCUCUUUUAUAAUCAUCAAACAUUUUUCUUGCGCGAGUCUGGUCUUGAUGCGUUACGCUACCAACUAUGCCCCAACUUGCAUGUCAUUUCAUACUUCUAUAUUUUUAAGAGACAGACAGACUUUCGCCGCUCACCACGAUCACGCUGAGUUACCCUCGCCUUCUUCUGAAAGAAAACGUAUUUAACACUUCUCUUUCACGAGGGUCUCAAUGGGGUUAACCGUUAGCCGUAAAACGGCCAAAAACUUUACACGUUAGACGUAGAAAUUGACAGAUUUUUUAAAAGAAGAGUAGACAUAAAAUUCCAUUCCCUAAAAGCUGAAACUCUCUAUUGGGGCGACGUGUCUGAGUGCUUAGGGCGCUGGACUUGUAAUCUGGUAGUCUCGGACUCAAGUCCUCCGCCCUGCUACUCACUCGAUUGGUUUUCGGUUGCCCCGAGUAUAACCCCUCGGCUGCGCUGAGUAAAUAGCCAACUGGUCUUUUUUAAUUCCAGUUGGGGUCUUCAAGCACUUUAUACUUGUAGUGUAACAUUCACUCUGAAAAGCCCCGCGUGGACGAGCCAAUAAAGUAUGUGUGUAUGUAUGUAUGUAUGUAUGUAUUUAUGUAUAUGAGUACUUUUGCAGUUUACGCCAGAAAUUUAUACCUUCGUCGGAGGUCAUUAUCCUUUUAUUACAUAUUUUUUUAAGGUGUAGACCCCUGUUCAGAAUAUCCCUGUGCCAACGAUAGCACAUGCGUGGAUAAUGAAGACAGUACCUUUAAAUGCAUAUGUCCUCCCGGUGUCACCGGUGAUCGCUGCCAAGUCGGUGAGUAUUUCACUUGUUCAAGUUUGAAAUUCCACUUCCGAGAAUCUUACUCUUUUUUGAUGUGAGAAUUUUGACGUAGGCAAAGUGUUUCGUCACGCAUGAGAGGUUUCGUAAUCUACUCCGGUAUGUUUCAAUUCCAUUUGCUACCUUUUAACUUUUAUCCUUAUUUCUAAGGUUUAGACCCCUGUUCAGAAUAUCCCUGUGCCAGCAAUAGCACUUGCGUGGAUAAUGGAAACAAUACCUUCAAAUGCAUAUGUCCUCCCGGUGUCACUGGCGAUCUCUGCCAAGUCGGUGAGUAUUUCACUUGUUCAAGUUUGUUUGUUUGUUUUUUCUUAAGGAAUAUAUUUUCGAUAAAUGGCGAUUCCCGCUCAUCAUAUUCCUUGCCGAUAUAAUGAGAAAUUUGUUCUUGUGUGAAUGGCUUAAAUUUGUCUUUCAGAUAUUGAUGAGUGUCGGGAGAACAAGGACCACUGUCAAGAUAUCUGUGAGAAUACUAUGGGGAGUUACUACUGCUCUUGCUCAGAUCCAGAGUUAAGCGUUGCACGAGACAAGCGCCAUUGUAUUGGUGAGAAAUAAUCUAAUGGAGCAAUUUUCCAUAUAGUUUGAAUAAAAGGUUGUUAACAUGUUGUUUGAUCAUUUGGCAGAAACAGUGAAUGAUGAGCACUUUACAGGAUGGCCUCGAAGUAACAGUCUAUGGCGAUCGGCUUUCUGAUCUUUAAAUUUUGGUGUUCUUCUUGCCAAAUACGGGUUUAUCAUAAUUAACAUCCCUGUCAGAUUUUAAACGAAAGUUGUUCGUAUAUUUCAAAGUACAAGUUUUUCCUUCGUCUAGAGCCUUGAGCAAUUGCGCAGAUUACACGACUAUAACAUGACGGCGACGUGACCGUGAGGGAAAUGGCAAUAAAAAUCAUUUUGGGAGAGGGUGAGGGAAGUAAUCAAAAAGUCUCGUCUUUUUUAAGCACGGAGACUAUUUAUCAUUGGUGACCUAUUCUUGAGCAUUUUUGUUCUGUAAAUCAACUAUCCUUCGCAGCUACUUAAUGUCGCAGUCAGAUUUUGACAAUACAGGUUUCUAUUUUUGUAUUCUGUAUGUUGCCCUUAAGCGUUUAGCCAUAUUGGCAUCUUACCUCUACAGAGUCUUACAAUGAAAUCUGAUAUUUUAUUUCAACAGCCGCGGGAGUGGAAGUAGACUGUGGCCAAGACGAAAUGACUAUUACUCUACCCAAGUCUCUCCUCUUGGGUCUUGACCGUGAACACCUGAGACUAAUAGACGCGAACUGCACAGCCACUGAAAACAAGACUCACUUUUUCCUUCAUACCGAAACUGGAAAGUGUGGUACCAUUUUGAAGCAUAAUAAGGAUUACGUUAUAUACAGCAACAUGGUGUCCGAAAUACCUUUAGAAGAGAACAAGAUUGUGACACGCUUGCGCCAGGCUAUGAUCCCCUUCCACUGCUUUUACUCCAAUUGGGGUGCGGUGUCCUCCAUUGGAAUCAGGCCAUCAGGCAAGAAGAUCGUUUUUUCUUCCAGGGGAUUUGGAAAGUUUACUCUCAGUUUGGAUUUGUUCCGAAGUUCUCAGUAAGACAAAUCUAUACAAUCAUGAAUAUGGUCUAUUCCAUUUCCUACUAUGCAAAUUGUAUAUUAUCGCACUUGACUGGGUCAUUUUCUAGAUAUGAGGUCGAACACAAAGCCUUUCUUGAGGAAAUAGUUGUAUUUGUGUGGGAAAAAGAUAACUUUAUGUUAGAGGCAUGACACUGUGUGACUGUUGUUUCGAAAAAAAAGAUAAGAUUUUGAUUCCGAUGUAAUGCGUUUUCGAUCUUAACCAACAUAAUUUUUGCAAUUGCGCAGUUCCUUCAAGGAAAUUUGCGAGUGCUGAAAAGAUUGUCGAAAUUAAUUUUUAGCUCCAAAAGAAGUCUAUCAAAUUACGAUUUUCAAAUUAUUGCGCGUAGCUUAUUCAAAAUUUAAAAUGAUACAAUUACUGAAAAUUUAAGGGUUGUCGUCUCUUGAUUUGCCCUUAUAAUCACCACAAAGCCAAGAUGUUAGAAAGAUGCUGAUGAGUGCGAUCCGAUUUUUCGACUGACACUUUUGAAACCAAAAUGUGCUUAAAAGGAUUUUAAUAAUGAUACAAAGUGGCGACCGAGAGGACGUUUUAACACCAGAAAGGCCCAUUUCGGUAACAUGGAUUUUAGCAUAAAAUUAUUACUAACUUUUCUGAGUUUGUACACCGCUUUUCUUCAAGAAAAUUACUUGUUCAUGUCGAAUAGACGCAAGCCUCAAGAAGUAAGGUCUAAUUGUAUUUCAACUCUUUCCUUCCAUCAGAUUCAUUGCUCCCUUCUCUCAGGAUGACUUCCCUGUUGAAUUCACAAUCCGUGAACGAGUGUACUUUGAAACCCGUGUCGACAGCGAGGACUCAACAUUGUCAAUCUUAGCCCUGAACUGCUAUGCCACUCCCUAUCAGGACAGGAAUUCUCAGCCCAGAUAUGAUAUUAUUAAAGACGGGUAGGUAACUCUCAUUACGUUUUUUGCUCCAUGACUUAAACGAGGUGUUCAAGUUUUGCCUCAAAAAAAUCCAAUGCCAAUUGAAAGUUGAAGGCGAGGGAAUAACAAAUUUUUCAUGUCAUGAAAACUUGAGGAUAAGGAGAAUAACUGUUUUCUUGUAACCUCGAGGGUUUUCUUAUGCAACUACUCUUUUUUAACCAUGUUUUUCUUUAGAAAUAUUCGGUGUUUAGCCAGGCAUAUUAAAAAAUUUUGUGAAAAAGAAAAAAGUUGACAUUGGCAAAAAAAUAUAUUGUUCUGGGCAAAGAUAUAAAUGCAAAAUGUCUGACGGUGUUCUGUUUGGUAUAUUGUUACACUUUAAAACAUUCCUUGGAGGUUUAGUUUUAUCACACAUCGUGGACAUAAAUAAUAUACCAAGCAGGACGCCGUUAGCCAUUUUGCAUUUUUAUCUUUGCUGAAGAAGGCAACAGUAGUAGCCGAAACGUCCAGAACAAUAUAUUUUUUAGCCAGUAUCAACAUUUUUGAUUCUUUUUACCAAAAUAUUUUUCUUUCUUUCUUCCAAAUCAACUUCAAUAGUUUCGUUGAAGAGCCAAAAUAUUCCCAUCUCAUUUUAUUAAAUAAAGUAUUCAUUGAUUGAUUGAAACUAAUUACAGGGCAUGCAUCUCUCCAAUCACUCGAGCUUUUAUCCCAAGAGACAGUCAAAACUACGGUGGCCUCUGACUACCAUUAUAAAUGAAAGAAAAAAAAGUGGAUAUUUCUGUUUAAGUUAUAACAAAGGAUCCAAAGUUACCUUUGUGAACUUUGGAUGCGUAGCUCUAACUUUGGAUUCGUGGUUUUAAGGUUGGAUUCUUAGCUACAACUUUAACACCACUAUUCACUCAGUUACAAGUCACGGAACCAAAACCUCACCUCACCAGUAAUUAAUAAAUAAAUACGUUAAAAGUUUGUCUAGCAAGGGUGAUUCGUGAGAGUGUUUUUGAUAAACUUGUAACCGACAAACUUUACAGAACUGCUCUUAUUUUCUCACUUUCUGCAGGUGCUCGGUCGACAAUGAUGACACACUUCAAUUCCAUGACAGUCCCGACAACCAGUCUCAGCGCUGGAGCCUGGAGGCCUUCCAAUACGUCGGGAGGGACACGUUUGUGUUUUUCCAUUGCGAGGUCCAAAUUUGUGACGCCGCAGAUCCUGCCUCAAGAUGUGCUCAAGGCUGCGUACAGCGAAGACGACGAAGCGAGGGGGUUCUUCAUGACAACCCGGGUAACAAAUACGCUCUGGCUCAAGGUCCUAUCGCACUGAACCGCGAGAAAAGAGAGGCGGAAGCGGUUGCAUUGGAUGAGAGUAAGCCCAAAGUCAAUACAGGCAAGUAAUUGAAGUAAAUGUAUUAAAAUAUUUGGCAAUGCUAACAGCAAGAUGCAGAAAUAUCUGAACGGAUGUUCAAGACAUAUCUUAAUUCCAGACAAAAAAAUUACUUGGUAGAUGGUUUUGACUCAGGAGUGAGAAUCGAUACCGCUGUAGCCUGAUCAUCAGUCCGCCCUGAAAACGAAAGCCGUCAGUAAAAAUGGAGGACUUUUCAACAAUGUGAAUGAAAGUGAUAGGAUUCUCUUUUGCUUAGGGAGUCGAAACUUGACUCAUUGCCAAGCACAACCUUCUAUUGCAGGGCCACUCUCACACUUAUGAUCAGACCACACAAGCAGCAGAAAAUGAUUCUACCGCAGUCUCAGUAUAAACAAACAAGUGCUACACUAAAAUGUAUUCAAAGAAUGACUUGAGUGAGAUGACUUGGUAACUUAACUUCAUUCCCAACGUCACUAUUCCAUAACCUAGCAACUCCUCAUAAACGACUAGUUUAUCGCAUCUACAGACCUACUGGACGACCAAACCAAGGGCACAUAUCGGAACUGACCGACCAAAACUUGCGAACGCGGUUUCAACCCCUUGGCUGGUAGAAAAAACAAACCACGCAACAAAGGAUUAAUUAGUUUCGUAGUAUCAACUUAAUAACAUUGCCACGUUUCACAGGUGUAUCUCACCAUGUUUCAGGUCCCUCCUCGGAUGAUAUGACAUGAUUAAACUAAGCUCGAUUUUCUUACUUUUCCUUUAUCAGGUUUCAACGUGCCUGUUGUUUCCUCGUUGGGUGUGUUCAUUGGAUUUUGCAUUGUGGGAAUGGCAUGGCUCAAGAUAACUUCGGAUAGAAAGAGAGUCGCAAAGCAGUUCAUACCGCUUUACGAGGACCUGCAAAAGUGAUAACUUCAUAGAAGAUUUUCUGACCACUUUUGCUGAGCGUAGAUGUUUAAAAAAGUCUUAACGCAAUUCUGGAUAUCGUGUUCAAUGAUAUCUAAAUCGGAGAUCACAUCCUCAUUGCUGUUUGACUACAAUGUCUUAGAAAAGUUACGUUUUCAACUGUCGAUAUCGCAUAAUCAAGUGCACGUCUUCAACUGAAUUUUCCAUUCACCAGGCCGUUUGUUAACAAUUAAAUUUGCAAUUUUUCGCUUCUUUUAAUGUUUAAUCUGAGCAUAAUCGUGAUUAACUAUUUUUGUAACAAAAUCAAAAAACAUUUUUUACAUGCUAAAGCUUGGACUGACGAUCUUUAAGUCGUCGUUACUUUAAAACGUCAUUUACAACGGCUUAUUUUCAAUUCAAUGCACUUUUCCCACCUUCUUGAACCCUCAGUCAGUCUGAUUAUAGCCCCCAGUGGCUAUCAUCUCUCGUUGGUAUA